AUGGAGGGUUCGCGGUCCAUCUAUAUCAUCGGAGCCCAGUGUACGGGCAAGACGACCUUAGUAGAGGACGUGGCUGAGGCGCUCCGAACCCAGGGGGCCGGGCCCUUCGCCACCAUCAAGGAGCUCGCUCGUGGCAUCCUGAACACAGCCAACAUAACCAGAGAUGACAUCCGAGCAGGAAACGCAGGAGCAAUGGAGUUCCAGAAGCUUGUGCUUGGCGCGCAACUCAACGAGGAACUCGAUCGGGAACGUCGUGGCCUCAUCGUCUCAGACCGAUCUGGGAUCGAUCCCAUCGCCUACGCAACGCUGUACGGCCCACCCGAAGUUGCCAGGGACCUGCUCGAGAGCGACGCUUGGAGGGUUCUCAGGGAAAAGAUGCGGAAAGGGCUCAUCAUUCUCUGUGAGCCGGUUCGAGAGUGGCUGUUUGACGACGGCACGAGAUUAAUGCCAGCCGAUGACGCCGAGUGGUAUGAGCUACAUACCGUCUUCAUCCGCUUGCUACAACAGACUGGCAUAACAUAUGAAGUGGUGCCGGCGACAUGUACGUCAAGAGAAGAGAGAGUUGCCCGGGUGCUCGCGCGAUGGAGGAUCAAGUGA